AUGUCAAUACAGACACACAAGAAAGCAUAUUCAAAAGAAAAGAAAGUUAUUGAGAUUAAAGAACUUUAUUGGAACUACAUCAAGAAAAUUGCAAAUCGAAUUGUGUCAUCAAUAGCAUUCAGGCUCUUGGGACUAUUGCUCAUUUUUGUUGAUCUUGCAUUGAUGGUUACGGAUAUUGCAGUCACUUCAAGCAAGCUUUAUAUUCCUUUGGAAUAUAGAAGCAUCUCCUUUGUGAUUGCUCUCUAUUUUCUUGUGGACAUUCUUCUUCAAGUCUAUGUAAAAGGGAACAAGCAUUAUUUUUCUGACAUACUUAACAUCUUAGAUGCCAUCAUCAUAGGAAUCAUUCUACUUAUCGAUGUCACAUACAUAUUCUUUUAUGCUGGAUUUUUUAAAGAUAUUCAAAGAAUGUCUGUGUUCUUUCGACUACUGAGGCUUGUAACACUUAUGCGAAUAUUCCAUCUUGCCAAUCAGAAAAGACAUCUAGAAAGAGUAAUCAGAAGACUGGUGUCUGGUAACAAGCGUCGAUAUGAAAAGGAUGGAUUUGAUCUAGAUCUCACCUAUAUCACUGAACGGCUAAUUGCUAUGUCGUUUCCAUCCUCUGGGAAACACUCAUUCUAUAGGAAUCCCAUGGAGGAGGUGACUCGAUUCUUGGAAAGCAGACAUGCUGAACAUUAUUUUGUAUACAACCUUUGUAGCGAACGAUCUUAUGACCCAAAGUAUUUUCAUCAUCGAAUGCAUAGAAUAAUGAUAGAUGAUCACAAUGUUCCCUCUCUCGAAGAGAUGAUUUUAUUUUCAAAAGAAGUCAUUGCCUGGCUAUCCAAGGAUCCUCAGAACAUCAUUGUGAUUCACUGCAAAGGAGGAAAAGGGCGCACGGGGACCAUGAUUUGUGUCUGCCUAAUUGCAACUGGCACAUUUUUAACCGCCAAGGAAAGCCUGAAGUACUUUGGGGAUAGAAGAACCGACACAAGUUUCAGCAAGAAAUUUCAAGGUGUUGAAACUCCUUCCCAAAGUCGAUAUGUUGGUUAUUUCGAAACCAUCCGAAAUGUAUGUAAUUGGCAGCUACCAUUGAAGAAAAUACUCAAAAUUACCAAGAUUGUCAUUUACUCCAUUCAAGGGAUAGGACAAGGAGACGGGAAGGACCUGAAUAUUGAAAUAGUACGUCAGCACAGGACUGUGCUUACUUGCACUCUACAAACAUGCACGGUUUUACAUGAUCCUGAAAAAAACAGGGCAAUAUUUAUUGUCCCCAACUGCCCGGACUUACAAAAUGAUGUCAAAGUGAGGUUUCUGUCAAUGAAUCUUCCUAACCACUACGACGAAUGCGCCUUCUUUUUCUGGUUCCACGCUUCCAUGAUAGAGGGAAACAGACUUUAUUUAACAAGGAAUGAGUUGGAUAAUCCUCAUAACAAAAACAACUGGAGUAUAUAUCGUCCCGAUUUUGCUGUCGAAAUUAUCUUUGAAGAAGUAUUUUCAUAA